GAUGGCAGUGUGAUCAGUGCAAUUUUUGUGCACAUUGAGUACGGUCAGUUGGCUCGAUCAAAGCAAAAGGUUUAAAGGAAUAUAUGCCUUCAUUGUAGAUUAACCAAAUCAACUUUUUUAAUUCGGCGUUGUGAUUCGUUUCUAUAUGAUAUACUGAGAACAGUGUACGAUCAUCGUGUGUUGAACUUAUUUGUGCGCAAAUUGUUCAUUUUUUGUCUCGUAUAAUUUUGUGAUAUUUGUUUUGCCGAAAAAUCGAAAUGGGUGUUGAAGGUGAUAAUAACUUGUUGGCUUUGCAGUGUUGGUUGAAGACUAGGACUCAUUUACCACAGAAUAUUGAACCAUUGCUGCUGCGUCGUUACAUCCAAUCGUGUCGGAAUGAUUUGGAAAAGGCUAAAAAAUUACUGGAAUUCAGUUUCACUAUGCGCAACAACAAUCCGCAGAUCUUCUUGCAACGUGAUCCAACCGACAAAAUUACUCAAAAAGUACUCGAAAUUGUUGACAUGAUACCGCUGCCUAACACUACCAAGGAAAAUUACAAAGUUCUGUUCUAUCGUCUCGUUGACUUUGGUACGGAAAAUUACCAUUUCACGGAAAUCAUUAAACUGUUCUUCAUGGUUGCUGAUGUGCGAUUAAUCACUCCCGAUCCAAAUGGCCUAACAGAUGGCGAAAUUCCGAUUUUUGAUAUGACCGGAUUUUCGUUGAGACAUUUAACGAAGGUUGUGCUGUCGUCGCUGCGAUGUUAUAUGAAAUACACACAGGAAGCCCAUCCAGUUCGAUUGAAGCAGAUACACGUAAUCAAUUGUUCGCCAUUCCUUGAUCGCGUGUUGGCUCUUUUGAAGCCGUUCAUAAAGAGCGAAGUUUUCAAAUUGAUUCAUUUCCACGCACCUGGUGCCGAUACAUUGUACAAAUUCGUCCCAUUGGAAUUGCUGCCAAAUGAAUAUGGCGGAAAGGCUGGCAGUCUGGGAGUUUUGAAGAAAGAAAUGGUUGAAAAGCUGAUGAGUAACAGAGAAUAUUUAAUGGACGAAUCAAGAUGGAAGUUGCAGUCAACGACGAAAGGGUCGCAGAAAAUUGAACAAGAAGUAAAUGCCAAUUUUCGAACAUUAUCCAUUGAUUAGUUAUAAAAUGUUAAGUUAAGUUACUUGUUGGUAUAGAAAUCGUAAGCUGUAAAUGAACAGAAUUUAUUUAGAAAUAAUAUUUUUUUUUAAAUAAUUUUACUUCGCAAACUUUUUUGUAAUUGUUUAACCUCAUGAAGGUGAAAUAAAUUGAUUGAGGUGCAU